GGUGCACACCUGAACAGUUGUUGGGCACCCUGUUGUCCAUUUAUGAAUCACCUCUUCCCCGGCUUUCGCUACAGCAUUCUACCAUGACUCUUGGUUUCUGUUUGGAUUUUAUCUUCUUCGAUUGAUUUCUGUGCCAAGCUCAAUCACAUUAGCAGAUAGCAGUGCACGAAAACUGUUCGACAAAAUGCCUGAUGGAGAUGAAUUGUCCUGGACUGAAAAAACAUUGCAACUUUUACACAUUGUGAAGAAAUAUUACAGCUUUUACAUAUUAUGAAGCUUGACAAUGUGGAGCUUGACCAUCAGGCUUUUGGUUCUCUGCUGCCAUUGUAACGCAUGGUAAUUCGACUUCGGAACCGGCUCAGUGUUCUUAGUAAUUUGACUUAGUAAUUGAUUGAGACGCUCAUGUUAAAACAUUUCUUAUAGUAAUGUAUUUAAGCUGUGGGGAUACUAUUUUGGAAAAAGAUGUGUUUUCAUGGACAACAAUGAUCUUUGGGCUUGAGAAAAAUCAACUAUGUACUCAAGGUUCUGGAAGUUUUCCCUAAGAUGUUGAAAUAAAGAACGGAGUCAUUUAACUUCAUCAUAGCUAGUGCUUUUGCAGCAUGUGCACAGAGGAUGGAGAAAAGAGAUUUGGUUCUUGGAAUGCAGUAAUAGCUGGGUAUGCUCAGAAGAAAUGGCUAUCUAUAGAAGACUUGUACAUAUUUCAAGCUUCAAUGAAAGAGGUCAAUUGUUCUACUCCCCAUUUUCUUGGUUGUUCUUUAAAGCAAAACCAUUUUACAUUUGGCUAUGCCAAGCUGUGCCGAGGACAAUCAAUUUACUGCAGCCAAGAUCCUGGAAGUUUUUGUGGCCCUCAACCGCUUUGGGAAGGACUUAUUGAGAAUAUAACUAAGGUAAAACAAUCAAUUUACUGCAGCCAAGAUCCUGGAAGUUUUUAUAGCCCUCAACUGCUCUGGGAAGGACUUAUUGAGAAGAUCCCUAAGUUCCUACAUCCUAUACUGCUUUCCUCUCUCACAGCCAACUUUUUCUUCUCUCCUCCUUUUGCCAGUUGCUCGAGACGCCCACCUCUGGAUGUUAGGAAAAGAAAGCUGAAUAUGAAACUUCAAAAGCAGGACAACUGUAUCUUAGAUGAACAUUACGUGCAGACAUUGUUUGUGAUGAGUGAACUUGAAGGUGAAUUUGAGAGAACGCUGACCUAUACCUUGUGGAAUCAACCGACUAACAAUAUAGAGAAUAAUUGGCAUCCUCUUACAGAGAGCUAUGCAGAUGCAGACCCUAAACAUAUCAAUAAAAGAAAGGGCAUCAACCGUUCGGUCUUUCCCAGUUCCUACAUCCUAUAUAUACUACUACUCUCCUCUCUCAUGGCUAACUCUAGCUUCUCUCUUCUCCAGCCUAUCGCCUAGUAAGUAAUACUUCACCAUGUAUGCUCUACUCUGCAGCUCUCACUAUAAUUUUCUUACUUUAUGUACGGUUAAUAUAUUUUUUUAUUGUUA